AUGGCUGACAAUGUCGUUCCUCGCCAACGAAAGAAAUUCAUAAAAGGAACGAAUAUCAUCGUUCAGAAAAGCGCUACGGACGGCGUAGAGGAUGCACAUCUUAGGAUGAUGUACGCCAUCGCUGCCGACGACAAAAAUGAAGUGUUGUGGUGGAGGAACACACUUCGACCGGAGCGGAACCUCACACACCCCUCCGAGGCGUUUCUGCAGGGAAUAAAAGCGUUGCGGCCUUCAGCGCGCUUUAACACGUUUGACAUUGAAAAGGCACGUCUCCGCCGAUUAGUCAAGCAGAAGAAGGACAAACACCGGUUCCUCGAACGUCGUAAGAGGGAAGUGGCACCGACAGCAGCCAUGAAGGCCUCCAUUAACCCACACAAAGUUCCUCGCACGGGCGGCCAAGCACUGGAAGAAGAAGUUCGAUUCCUUUCACGUGGACGCAAAUCCUUUAAGCAGAGCGCUCCCAAUGAGACGGAGAAGAAGGGGUAUUUCCACAAGUGGAAAAAGCGAAAACUGCAGAAGAUUGGCAAAGGUCUUUAG